UUGUUGGUUUUUUUUUAAUGGCUUUACAGAAUUUUAAAUCGAAUACAAUUUGACAUGACGGCAAAAAAUGUUGGUUUGACUUCUACAAAUGCAGAACUGAGAGGAUUUAUAGACCAGAAUCUCAGUCCAACAAAAGGUAACAUUUCAUUUGUUGCAUUUCCAGUUUCCAGCACCAACUCACCAACAAAGAUUUUACCAAAAACCUUAGGACCAAUAAAUGUGAAUGUUGGACCCCAAAUGAUUAUAAGCACACCACAGAGACUAACCAGUUCAGGAAGUGUUCUGAUUGGGAGUCCAUAUACCCCUGCACCAGCAAUGGUUACUCAGACACACAUAGCAGAAGCUACCGGCUGGGUCCCAGGUGAUAGAAAACGAGCUAGAGAAUUUAUAGAUUCUGAUUUUUCAGAAAGUAAACGAAGCAAAAAAGGAGAUAAAAAUGGAAAAGGCUUGAGACAUUUUUCCAUGAAAGUGUGUGAGAAAGUUCAGCGGAAAGGUACAACGUCAUAUAAUGAAGUGGCUGAUGAGCUGGUAUCAGAGUUCACCAAUUCAAAUAACCAUUUGGCCGCUGAUUCGGCUUAUGACCAGAAGAAUAUUAGAAGAAGAGUUUAUGAUGCUUUAAAUGUGUUAAUGGCAAUGAACAUAAUUUCAAAGGAAAAAAAAGAAAUCAAGUGGAUUGGCCUGCCUACCAAUUCUGCUCAGGAAUGUCAAAAUCUUGAGAUAGAGAAGCAGAGGAGGAUAGAACGGAUAAAGCAGAAGCGGGCCCAGCUGCAAGAACUUCUCCUGCAGCAAAUCGCUUUCAAAAACCUGGUUCAGAGAAAUCGGCAAAAUGAACAGCAGAACCAGGGUCCUCCAGCUCUGAACUCCACCAUUCAGCUGCCAUUUAUAAUCAUCAAUACAAGCAGAAAAACAGUCAUAGAUUGCAGCAUCUCCAGUGACAAGUUUGAAUAUCUUUUUAAUUUUGACAACACCUUUGAGAUCCAUGAUGACAUAGAAGUACUGAAGCGGAUGGGAAUGUCCUUUGGCCUGGAGUCAGGCAAAUGCUCUCUGGAGGAUCUGAAACUUGCUAAAUCACUGGUGCCAAAGGCCUUAGAAGGUUAUAUCACAGAUAUCUCCACAGGACCUUCCUGGUUAAAUCAAGGACUACUUUUGAACUCUACUCAAUCAGUUUCAAAUUUAGACCUGACCACUGGUGCCACCUUGUCACAAUCAAGUGUAAACCAAGGGUUGUGCUUGGAUGCUGAAGUGGCCUUAGCAACUGGGCAGUUCCUUGCCCCAAACAGUCACCAGUCCAGCAGUGCGGCCUCUCACUGCUCUGAGUCACGAGGCGAGACCCCCUGUUCAUUCAACGACGAAGACGAGGAAGAUGACGAGGAGGAUUCCUCCUCCCCAGAAUAAAGACAGGAGAAAACCCACAUUUUAAUAUUUGAUGCUCAUGUGUGUUUUUAGUGUGAGCUCUUGUUUUUGAAAUGAUUGCUUCAGUCUUUGCCUUUGUUUGCACUGUGUGUUCAGUGAAAACUAGGGAAACACAAUAAGCAAAUUAUCUGAAGGCUGAGAUGAUUGAGAUGAAAGUUAACAUAGCAUGAAUGAAAACUCUGAACGACAGAGCAAUGGAUCACACCACAAACAAAGCGGUUUUCUGAGGUGAUAGAGGGGACGGUCCCUAAAGAAUUGGCAGCAUGAGUGAAGUUCAUUUAUCAUCCACGAGUUGGGAUCCUUGUGUUCCCCCACACCCACGUAACCCUCGUUAGAAUCAAGAUUGCUGUAGCGAAUAGCCCGUGACAUCACGUUUGUCAUGUGUCUCUUCCUCGACUGGGCUGCUUUUUACAAGCAGAAGUGACCGUGAGAGGAUCCAGUGAGGAUGAGUUGUACAGUAAAGGGUGUAGACAGCAAUCCUUGUGGUCUAAGGAGUAUAGAUUGAACUGCUGAACUAGUUGGAAGUCUAGUUGAGGUGCUUGGUGCAUCAGCUGCCUUAGACAGCUUCUAGAAAGGAGCAAGCGCUAAUUCUUAAGUACUUAAGUGACAUUUAGAAUAAUUUAUAGUAAAACUGAAACGAUCAUUAUUAGCCAAUGCGUUGGUGCAUAGAAUUUUCUAGGGCUACUUCUGGAAGCCAAAAUAGAAUAGCGUUUCCACGUGCAUUAAAUACUUUGCCAGCACUGCCUUUGCCAGCAUUUGAAAUCUGGAGUUUUACAGAGAAGGAAAUUGUAUCUGUAGUUUUAAUCAAAGCUAUGCAUUUCAUAUAGCUUUUUCAUUUAAAACAGAACCGAGAAACAAAUUCCUAUGACUGAACUGCUUGCUUAGAGUUCCCUACAGUGCUUGUAUGAUUUUACUCAGUGUGCAAUUUGUGAAAAUGAACCAAAUGUCAUUACUUUUGUCUUAAAAGAAAAGUCUACUUCAAGAAUAUGGACAGCAAUGUUUUCCUGUACAUGUCACCUUUUGUACAUUUUCGUUUAUCGAAAUUACCGUAUUUGGCUUAUUCCUGGCUAAAUUGCAUUUCCAACUAACCUGCUAUUCAGUGUUUCACAGAAACACGGAAAAAUAUUGAUCACUCCAAAUGCUUGGAUCUGUUUCAUAUUGUGCAGUAAACAGUAUGUUGUUCCAUAGCCAAAGAUGCCACUGGGAACACUACACUGGUGUAGUCACAGUUCCUGCUCCUCCGAACAAGGGAGCAUGGGGAUACCUGCCAGCGUGGCCAAACCCCAAUCUAAUUUCACAGUAAGGCCUUCAGAAGGAGCAAAUAAUAAUGGAAAAUAACCCUUUGACUCGAAUCAUUUGGAUUUGCCUCUAGAUUAAUCUAGCACCUUUGGGCCCAGCACAGGCUUGUCCCAGAUUGGUGCUUUUCUAAAUCCAUGGGGGAAGAACGGAUGCCUUCUGAUAUCUUUUCCACUCUGCUUCCAGUGAGCUAGAGGUGAAAGAUAUGGCUAACCUAAAAUUUUUACUAAGGCCGUGAAAACUAAUACACACAACUUUAAGUUCCUUUGAGACAGCACUCAUUCUGUCAGAAAAAAGCCAUAGUGCAGACUUGGCGUGGUCAAGGGGGCAGGGAGGUGGAGGCAGUUCUUAGAGAAUUCCAUCUCUGCCUGAGUGCUGGGGCACAGCUCCGAGGCUGGGUGGAUGGCUGGAGCCCGGAGGACCGCAGAGGCUGCAGUGGGGCUCCGAGUGCUUCCAAGACAUUUCUGACUUGAAGAUCGUCAGCUAACAGCUGAGUAAAACUGAGUUUCCUGCCAAACUGCCACCUCCUUUACUAACUCCAACCUUAACCACCCACAUCCCUAUACUUGAGGGGGAGCCACCGCUAGCUCUUUAGUCUUCAGAAUAUUUUAUACAGGUUCCAAGACCUGAACUUCAACAUUUGUGCAGAUACAUUAACCAUAACCAUUCCUCCACCAAAUAGCAGAGUCCUUGCUAGAGCUCUUGGGACACCACCCCCUUCUCUAUUCUCUCUCUCUCUCUCUCUCUCUCUUGCUAUCUUCUCUCUCUCUCUCUCUCUCUCUCUCUCUCUCUCUCUGCUGCUAUAGUGUUGUAAACUGAUAGAACACAGGUUUGUUUUUUUAAAAGCA